AUGUCUGAGCGGCACUGGCUACCAACUACAAAGCUGCUGGCAACGACACUACCGGCGAUAGCGGUGACGCAGAAGUGCUACUCUGACGAGGUGGUGAACUGUAGCAUGAAGGGUGCAGCUUCCAUGGAGGUACUCACGAAAAUCCACUCCGCCAAAUACAACAACUGCAACAACACGAAAGACGUGUGCUUCACCACCGAGAACAUCGAGUACUCGGUCAAGCACUACCUCAAGCGCUACAAGGACAAGCUCCUCACGUUCUACAAGGACAGCGGGGACUACCAGGAGGGUACGUACACAAUCGACGGUCGCCAAGGAACCAUACAUGAUGAUCGGUACGAAUUACAACUGCUCGGCUACACAUUUCUCUUCCCACAACAAGGGUACCUCUACAUGGCCACGGAGGAAUACCCAACCCAAACCAACAUAAUCAUCUACCUGGAGCCCCAGGCGGACUACAUCAUAAUCCCAGUACCCACUGGCCAGCCCACGACGAUCACAAUACUCAAGAACCACCUGCAGGCCAGGCUUUGCAACACGAAGCGCGACCACCUGGAGACGUACCUGGACAAGUUCGUGAUCUACGACUACUGUGCUGAAGGGGACCGCCUGCCUACCACGGCGAAGCUCCACUACAGCCCCGGGCCCAGCGGGGAUACCGGAGCUACCUACAACCUGGCGAAGUUCAUGGAUACCGCCUCCGAGUCGCACUACAUCAUCCACGGGAAGGAGGACGACCAGAACCCGCAGUACAAGCUCGAGGGCAAGGACAUCAGGUACGACGGCAUCGUGUACUUCGGGGGCAUCGUCGCCAAGCGCAGGAAAGACUACGAGACCGGCAACGACGAUGUGCUGAACGGCCCCACGACCCGCAAGAUCGACAAGGACAAGACCACCGGCCACCCCUAG